GAAAAAAAAAGUGGCAGUUUGAAGAAGGAGAUGCCACUCGUUCUGACACCAGCUCCUUGGAUUUUGAAUACUGGUAUUUAGGGGCAAACGGAUGUCCAUUCAAAAGCCCCCAAAUUUGCUACUACCGUUGAUUCAAGAAGAGGUGAAGCCAACUAAAAACUCCAAGGAAAUUCAGAGGACUGGUUCGGGCGCCUACUUCGUCAUUCCUCCGAAUCCAGCAAAGCGGAAGGAGUUGCAAAGAAUUGCCAAUAAAGAACUAGAAAAUUGGACAAAAUGGAAGGCCAAGCAAAAACUCGGCCCAAUCAACCUGAAACCUCAGAAAUUAGGAGGAAGAGCCACGGAGCCUGAAGUCAGGGAAAAACAGCAAUUUGAGUACAUCCAAUCAAAAUACCAGCAAAAGCUAAAGAAAGAUGACUACGAGAGAAACAGGAGAGAGGCUGAAGAAGCUGAGAUUUUGAAAAAGAAAGCCAUCCAAAGAGACAAGGCUAAUAAACUUGAAGAAAAAAGAAAACAGCAAGAAUGGCAAAGGCAGCAGAUGCUCAGGGAAGACCACGCGGCGUAA